AUGGCUACUAAGCUCAAACUCCCAUCCAACCCUCUUAUCGCCCCAGGCGCUACGAUCCUGAUAACCGGCGCCAACGGAUUAAUCGCAUCGCACGUCGUCGACCAAUUCCUAGCUGCCGGUUACAAAGUCCGAGGCACGGUCCGUGACCCCGCAAAAUGCGAAUGGAUGACGUCCCUGUUUGCCGCCCGCCAUCCUUCUAGUCAGCUCGAGCUUAUUGAAAUAGCGGAUUUCGCGGCUCCGGGAAAUUGGAAUCAGGCCGUUAAAGGAGUUGCCGGCGUAGCUUCUAUUGCCGGCAGUGUCGGAUUGGAUGUGCAAGACAUCGGUGCAGCGCUCGACAAAGAGUUGCCAUGGCUUGAGGUGCUGCUCCAGGCAGCUAAGGACGAGCCUAGCGUAAAGGCGUUCAUAUACACGAGCAGUGGAAUGGCAGCGUGGAAGGCCGAUCCGAAGAAAAAGGUCAAAUUGGGAUAUGAUUCGUAUAACGAGGAUGCGAUACGGAUCGGUCUAGGUAACGGGUCUCCCUCGGAAAAGGGCAUAUUCCCGUACAUGGGGUUUAAAGCAGUCCUCGAGCAAAAGCUCUGGGACUGGGUUAAGAGGGAGAACCCAUCGUACACAUUCAACACGAUUCUGCCGAAUACCGUCUGCGGCCAAUGUCUCGACCCGAAGGGCCAAGGGAUCCCGAGCACCAAUGCGUUCGUUAAGGCACUCUUCGACGGACAGAGCCUUGACGUCUUGAAGUAUCUCGUUCCGCAGUGGCAAUCUGACACGCGCGACCUUGGUGCGCUAUAUGUCGCGGCGCUGAUCACGCCGGGCGUAGACCGCGAGAGAUUGUACGCGUUCAGCGACCGCCAUAGCUGGCCCCGAGUCGCGCAGAUACUGAAAGAGUUGUAUCCGCAAAGGAACAUUCCGAUAUUGGAAGAUGACGGUUGGGACCAAACAGAUGUGCCAAACCAGAGAGGUAGGGACUUGUUGAGGGGGUUGGGGUUAAAGGGGUGGACGACGCUGGAGGAAAGCGUUAAGGCUUGUGCGGAGAGCUGCUUGGAACUUGAGGGUUAG